CAUGCCUACCGGAUACUCCUAUCCAACUUUGAGAGCCAGUAGUUAAUCAAGAGCUUGGAUCUUUGAAUCAAGCUCUCUCAAGCCAAGAUGCAAGAGGUAACGAUGGAAGAAGCCGAACGUAUGGCAGAAAAUAUUUAUCAUGUUGCCCUCGAGGAUAGAGAGCGGGCUUACUCGGAGUUUGUGCAAGAACACUGCGAAAUUUGGACGCCAAAGAGUAUCUUUGAUGAUUGCUGUGGCAAGUGGUUGCUCGAUGGGAACGGAUACCCCGACCCGUUUGGCGAAAGAGAAAGAUUUCGUAUUGGAUGCAAUGGAGGGUGCAAUCGAGACCACCCCGUGAUAACUCUUGACUUUGUUGGCUCCGCGGGAGAUUCUACAUCUGGCAAGACCACAGCUUCAAUCAGCCACUUACUCGACCCCUUUCUUGGCUACUUUGAGAGGCGUGUGCAAGAGGGCACUGCUGCACUGCUGACAGCCACCAGCUUCAAGGACAAGAACCCUUCAGGAACACGUUCCUAUCUCUUGGACGGUUUUCUUCGAGAGAAUAGGAGUGCUCUCGGCGGCAGCGCAAGAGACCUUGGCAGCCAUGGUGAACCAGCCUUCAAAGCCCAUUUGAUAGUUGUCAAACCAGGAGCAUUGGAUCGGUCGGAUGAGGUCCAGAAGAAGCUGAUGGAGAUGGAGGAUGUAGAAGAACGUGCCGCGAAACGCCGCGGUAUGAAUUCUUGCUCUCCCGACCCCGAUCUAUUGUUUGAUGUCAUGCAAAUCUGUUAUGAAAACAGCCUAUGCGAUCAUUUGGAUUUUGUAGAUCUGGCUCAUCUUCGAUUGACCUGCAAGGCUAUGGGUUCUGUGGCUGCCCGUAUGGCAGCGAACCGAAUGAGCAGUAUUCGUUUGUCCUGUCUUGUCAUGGUGGAUGGGAAUUGGAAGGUAUUUGGUACUCGUAGUUUCCCACGGCCGGUAGAUGACAAUCUCAUUGAAGACUUUGACGCUUCAGAUGAAAGGAAUUUGGGCUCUGAUGUUUAUGUUUUUAAGGCAGCUGGGGACAAGUUAGCGAUAGUUCCACUGCUGGAAACUGCCUGCAGCUCACCCAGCCGCACUGAGUAUGUUCACGACGGUGAUGCAAGGAAGGCGGCAAAAACUGUGACUGUCAAAUACGGUGUGUUUAUCCCGUCGGAGACGCAGAGUGAGUUGACGUACAACUGGGAUAGCGGCCCUUUGUUGGAUGGUGACUAUCCCGGUAAAGCCGGUGACCCAGACGACCUCUCUAACUAUGCGGGCCAUCGCAUUCGCCUCCAGUGGGGGGCUCUAGAGGGAGCCGAUACGACAUCAGCCGAUAGUGCCUUUAUGCAAGGCGAGGAAGUAGUUGGAGACUUUUACUUCCGCGACCCAUCCAAACUCGAAGCCAUGCAACGCUUGAAAAGCUCAGAGGCCUGGGGAGGGAAAAUUGAGCUCCAGAUCUUGGGAACAGAGGUCAUCAAGACGACCCGCCUAGUUGACGAAAGCGAAACUGGUGAAGUUAGAGAACAGCUCGUUGCUCGCAGUUUCGUCCAGUAUCGAGGCUCAUUUCGGAUCCAAAGGGUGAGCAUUGAGUUUGCAGCCCUCUUAAAGUGUGUGGCAACAAAGAAGCAGGCUCUGCUCAAUGACAAGCUCGAUCAAAUCCUGGACUUUCGACCAUUGACAAGCCAAGAGGAAGCGCAGCAACGUGCUUUGAAAAGAGUCUUGGAAACCGAAGAGGGGAAGUAGGAGAUGGAUACUCGAAGCAAAAGACUCGCAUUCGGAAACAGCACUUCAAGCUUCAUUGAGUUCGUAUAUCCUUUAAAAUAGUAGAACAAAUAGUCCCCGUAAUGCCAACUAGCACGUCAUCACGCACUCUGGCUUGCGACUGCAGUUCUCUCGCUGUGCACAGACAUUCUAGCACAGCUCUGGUAGAAUAGUUGAAGCUCCAAAG